AUGGAAAGGCAAAGGAAGAUAGCUGCUCUGAAGCUGCUCAUCAUCCUUAAGAGACGGCGAGCUUUUAUGAAAAAGUACUGGGUCCGGCCGACAUGGGCAAAUCGAGCGGGUGAAAGCGAGUUUUUCACAGCGAUGGAAAAAAUGAAGAACGGUGACGAGUCACUGUUCUACACGUUUUAUCGGAUGUCGCCGGCUACUUUUGACGUGUUGCACAGCCUGGUCAAGGAGAAGCUCACGAAGGACCAAUGCCCCUCGAGGGAACCCAUUUCUUCUGGGGAGCGCCUCGCGCUGACCUUGAGGUACCUGUCGUCGGGUAUGCUGGUGAGGGACGCAGCCAUGGCAUUCCGUGUGGGCAUCGAGACGGCGCGGAGGAUCAUUCACAAAACCUGCACCGUGCUGUGGGAAGUCUUGGCUCCUGAAUACAUGAAGACACCAACAGAAGAAGAGUGGCUGGAAAUCGCUGCUGGGUUCUGCAACCGUUGGCAGUUCCCAAAUUGCAUUGAAGCGGUCGACGGCAAGCAUAUUCAAAUAAAUGCCCCCGCAAUGCUGGAAGUAUUGUGGGUGCACCUGGGUGCACCUGGAAGGUUCAGCGAUGGGGGAAUUUUUCAAGAUUCUCCCAUCGGCGAGCGACUGCAUGAGGGCAAGCUCAGCCUACCUCGAGCAGCCAUGCUCCCAAGGUCAGGAAUAGUUUGUCCUCAUGUGUUUGUUGGCGAUGAGGCCUUCCAGUUGCGCCCAGACUUCAUGAGGCCACUACCAGGGAGCCGGAGUGUACCUGCGGAGGUGAUCUACAACUACCGCCUUAGUCGUGCAAGGCGCUGUGUGGAAAACGCCUUCGGCAUUCUUGUCUCUCGCUGGCGGAUCUACGAGAGGCAAAUAAACUUGGAGCCGGAGAAUGUGGAGGCCGUUGUGAAAGCAACAUGCGUGCUGCACAACUUCUUAUCAUCAAACGCGGCUUCAACGUACUGCCCUCCUGGCUACGCGGAUUUUCAAGACAUCUUUGGAAAUGUGGGCGGUGGUGCUUGGAGACAAGUACCAGGAAGCACAACAGUGUUUGGACUCGAAAAGCCAAAGGCCCGCAACUGCUCUAAAAUGGCCAGCGCAGUUCGGCAAGAGUUCGUGAAGUAUUUCAGUGAAGAAGGCUAA